AAGUUGAAGUCAUAGACUUCUCUCCAUUUUAUGUGUUCUGCUCUUCAUCUUCUUUUCCCGAUUCUCUCCAUUCAUUUCUUUGUGAAAAAAAAAACCAACAUGGUAUCAGAGAUGUUCAUGAUCUUUGAGGGCCUGUGUGAGAGUGAUUUGAGAGAAAUCUACCACCAUAAAUUUCGGCCAAACCCAAAUAGUUUCCAGCAAGUUUUUUCUUUCAAAAUACCCCUUUUUUCUGAUCCAACACAGCAAACUCCUCUGACCAAAAAUGCAGCAAAGAUGCUAUGAUAAUGAAGCUGUGAAGUUGAAGGUUAACUUGACGUCCUUCAAUCUUCUUGAGGCAGAAGAUUUGCAAGAAACAAGAGCAAAAGAUGCUGGUUUGAUGAUGUUUUAUGUUGCUGGUAUGGGUAGUGUUUUAUGCUACAGCAUUAGUCCACAAAGAUGUUGUGAUAAUGAAGGCAGAAGAUUUGCAAGAAAAAAGAGCAAAAGUGCUGGUUUGAUGAUGUUUUAUGUUGCUGGUAUGGGUAGUGUUUUAUGCUACAACAUUAGUCCAAAAAGGGAAGGAUGGCUUGUGAAGAUGCAGAUUGGAACCAAGAGAGUACUCAACAUUGCAUCAAGUCAUUUUCAUGACCUAGUAGCCAAAUUCUUAGCCCAGGGAAGCUGUAGAAGAUGAAAAAGGAUGAUGAAGCAGCACUUUGAGGUACCAAAAUCCUUGUUUUUUAUUUACUCAGAAAAUGCAACUUAGUUGCAAACCUCCAAAAUUUGUUUGAGGCAGCAAAAUCCAAAGAAGGAAAGCUGUAAUGAAGGAGGAGUUGAGGUUGUUUGAGAAGGAUGGUACAUGACUGUGAGAAAAAAAAAUGGUGAAAACCGAGCACAAGAUGGACAGCAAAAGGUUGAUCCCAGGUGCUUAGGCAAAAAUAUACUUCUGUUUUUUAUUUUUGCAGCUUUGAUGCCAAGGCGGAGUGUUGGAACUAUUGCUAGAAACGUGGCAUUCAAAUAUGCAAAAAUGAUGAAAUGAAACUGCCAUGAAAUG